CAUCGACCCAGGCCCUGGCCGAGCAAACCACUCCUCCCUCCUCCAUCUCCCCCGUCUGCUUUCCUUGCCACUUGUGAUUUUGUCUGUUGAUCUCUAUCCAAACCUACUGAGCAACACCGGAAUACAACCCAUCGACUUCCUCCAUGGCAACGAUGCAGACCGUUGUUCGCAAGACGGGCGGUGCAUCUGGAGAACCGCUUCCGCCCACACUUCCGACCGACACUGUGCCCGACCGCGUGAACACCUCCACUUUGGGAUCAUGGUCUCAUUUGAUCGCCGGCGCGACCGGCGGGAUGGUGACCGCUAUCGUGACAAGUCCUCUUGACGUUCUCCGCACCCGCCUACAAACCGACUACUACCAGACCCAAUCUAACACCCGCCUCACACCGCACCCCCACCAAAUACGACAAUCCUUCGUGCGCUCGUCGGUCAACCACUUCCGCGAGACCUUCGGCAUCCUGUUCUCGAUCCACCGGGUCGAGGGCUGGCGCGGGAUGUUCAAGGGGCUGGGCCCCAGCCUGACGGGCGUGGUGCCGGCCAGCGCGGUCAAGUUCUACACAUACGGCAACUGCAAGCGGCUGCUGCCGGAGGUGCUGGGGUGCGACAAGGACACGACGCUGGUGCACGCCCUGUCGGCGGCGUGCGCGGGCAUCGCCACAGGCAGCGCCACCAACCCCAUCUGGGUCGUCAAGACGCGCCUGCAGCUGGAUAAGGCGGGCGCUCGCCGCUACAAGAACAGUCUGGACUGCACGCAGCAGAUCCUCCGGCACGAGGGCCCCAAGGGUCUGUAUCGGGGUCUGACGGCGAGCUAUCUGGGCACCAUCGAGACGACGCUGCAUCUGGUCAUGUACGAGCGCAUCAAGGGGCUGAUCGCCACCAAGGUCGAUCUGGAGGGGGCCGGGCCCGAGUCGAACCAGUUCGUGCAGGGCUUAGCGCUGAGCGGUGCGUCUGGGUUGUCGAAGAUGGUGGCUUGUCUGAUCGCCUAUCCUCACGAGGUCAUCCGCACUCGCCUCCGACAGGCCCCUAUGGCAGACGGGCGGCAGAAGUACACCAGCAUCCUGCAGUGCGCGCGGCUGAUCCUGAAGGAGGAGGGGAUGAUCGCGCUGUACGGCGGGUUGACGGCGCAUCUGCUCCGGACGGUUCCGUCGGCGGCGAUCACGAUCGGGACGUAUGAGCUGGUUCUCAAAGUCCUUGAGAGACAAUGAUUGAUUUGGCCUGCUGCGAGGCGAGACCUUCGGGCGGCGGCCGCUGGCUUCCCUUCUCAUGUAUUAUAGACUGUAUGAUCGCGAACAAAAGAUGUGGCGCAUAGAUACCCUGUAAUCCGACUGUUUGAGGGGUGAUUUGUACAGGCCACGAGUUUAUUUCGGGUGUUUUGUUUCUGUCAUUUGGGGUUGGCGUUGAGCGCGUUUGUUUUGGUGCCCGGUGUUGUUGUUGUUGUUCUUGUCAGCCACUCCCGAAAUAUGUUUAGAAUAGACUCUACUUGCUUCCAACCACGUUGAUCGCUCGGUGCUUUAUUUCAGUUUCUAGUCAUCUUCGUCAAGCAACCAUU